GGCACCUCGUUUCCAUUCCUCUUUCUUCUCAUGAAUCCUGAAAUCUUCCAAACACUUACUCCCACUUUAUCUUUUUCGCACCGCCCAAAUGUGCAGGAAGGAGUUUUAGGAGCUCUCCAGGCUUUAGAGAACUUGACCUUGGACACUAAAACUCCACACCAACAGGACGGCUUGACGUUUACCACCAAGUUUGAGCCUGUAGCCAGCCUGAAUGGUCUGAUCCUCACUGUCAGCGUCAAGUCAGAAAAAGGCGCUGAACUGAGCGGCCCCAUUGAAUUGAGGUACGCUACAGAUCUGAAGGAUAUGAAAAUGAUAUCCAAUGGCUUUCAAAGCUGGAGUCAGGCUCGAGAAUUCGAUAGCAAGUCUAGAAUUCAGAAGAUACAAUCUACCAUUGCUUGGUACACUCAGUUCCAUCUUCAAGGAGACUAUUCCUUCUUUGAACAUUCCGGAGAGAAGGGAUUCAUCCACUCCAGCAGUUACACCCAUUUCCGUGACGUGAAGAAUAACGUUACCUUUCUUGGAUCACUCGCAGAAGAAUCGGGAUAUACCUACUUCAAGAGCGACUUCAACUCCAACGCCUUGACCAUUUAUAAGGAUGCUACUGGAAAGGUAUUGCAUCCUAACCAGGAGAUCGAUAUUAUCAAGGUUCUGAUUCUGCAUGGCAAGGAUCAAGAAAGGGAAUUCUGGGAAACCUAUUCUUCCUAUUUCAAGGACGAACGAACGAUCAGUGGAAAUGAGAAUCCAAAACGUCACGUCAACGGUUGGACGUCUUGGUACUACCACUACGACCAUGUCACUGAAGAGAUUGUGCACAAGAAUCUCGACGCCAUCAUACAUUAUAAAUAUCCCAUCGACAUCUUCCAGAUUGAUGACGGCUACCAGCUUGCUAUCGGCGACUGGCUUGAAGUGAACAACAAGUUUCCUGGCGGCAUGAAAGACCUGGCUUCUAAGAUUAAGAGCCACGGUAUUAAGGCUGGUUUAUGGCUCGCUCCCUACGCUAUUGGAUUCAACAGUCGCAUUGUUAAGGAUCACCCCGAUUGGAUCUUGAAAGAAGAGCAUGACUCCAGCAAGAUGGUGGUAGCUGGACCUAACUGGGGUGGUUUCUAUGCACUUGAUCUCUACAACGAAGGUGCAAGAGCCUACAUUCGCCAUGUCUUUGAUGUUGUAUUGAACAAGUGGGGCUUUGAUAUGGUCAAGCUAGAUUUUCUGUUUGCCGCUGCUAUGAUUCCUCAACGAGGCAAGACUCGCGGUGAGAUUAUGACCGAUGCUAUGGAAUUCCUCCGCGAAGUGGUCGGGCCGAAUAAAAUCAUUCUGGGAUGCGGUGUUCCACUUGGUCCUUCUUGGCGCAAAGUAGACUAUUGCCGAAUUGGAUCCGAUGUUGCUCCAUGGUGGGAAGACACCAAGCUUAGACUACUUCAUGUCCGUGAACGUGUGUCCACCGUCAACUCCUUACACUCGACUUUGAACCGAUGGGGAAUGUCCGACAGUAUGUUUGGAAAUGAUCCUGAUGUGAUGAUAUUGCGAUCCAAAAGCAACAAGCUCAAGCCUGACGAGAAGUACACACUCUGCAUUUUAAACAACAUCCUCGGAGCCUUGGUAUUCAUCUCCGAUGACGUCUCCGAAUACACUGAAGAAGAGCACAUGUUGUACGCCGCCACUUUCCCCAAGGUGCAAGCCAAGGUGCAUACGGUCAUUGAGAUCAGAGACGAAGUGUACUUUGUGCAAUUCAAAGCUACCAAUGCCCAGGGUCAGGAGCAUCUCUACACGACGUAUAGCAACUUAUCGGGUGAUAAGCAGACUAUAUAUCUACCUGAAGCAACAAAGGAAACGCACCUUUUGUUUGCCACUGAUAAUGACCUACACACCAACCAGCUUGACAAGAAGAAGUGCUUGUUCUAUCUUCCAUCUGCGCCGGUGCAUCUGAAGAGCCGCGAAUCCAAGACAUUUGUGCAUAUUCCUGCCCCUGGAUCCGGCGAUGUUCAUUUCUUAGGCUCCACAGGACAUAUUGUACCGGGAACUGAGUUGACGUAAGCCUGAAGGCAGCUUCACCGUGAAUGGAAAGCCUGCUGUGUGGGAGACCUUUGCUGUUGGUGGAUCAGAAGGCGCAAAGGUACAUGCCGCAGUUGUAGAGUUGUAAAAGUAAUAGCAUGAGAUGGCA